GUCCCCUAGAGGCGUCUUCCACUCAGCCAGCGUGGGCACUUGGUCUCCUUUGAACCCCUCGGGAGACCGGCGGGUUGUGACUAGAGUACGUGGUGUGUUGAGAGGAGGGCGGCGUGAUGAAAAAGGAAAAGUACUGAAGAGCAUUGAGAGGCAGAUUAUGGCGAGAUGGGAAGCGCGCAGAUAACGGAGGGCUUGAGCAAUGUUGUCUUUCGCGAGUCUGAGGCCCUUUAAGCGUCCUCUCAUCUCUCAAUAUUGCUGUGUGCAGGUUUUGGAGGAAGGUAGUGUUGCUUCUUGUAUCUCCGGGUGGAUCGUUUCAGCACCUGCGAAGAGACCAUGCCUAAACCCCGGAAGAGGCUGGCUGGGGCUGCUGGCCCAGACAAGAGAGCAUCAGGAAAAUGUCCUAAAACUGAGAACUUGGAUGAGGCAUUAGCAAAAGUGGAGAAAUCCAAUCAUUGGAAGACGUCAGCCUUUAAAAACCAUGGGAAGAUUUUAAAUUACUGGCUGAUGAAGUCAGAGCCAGAGAGUCGGAUGGAGAAAGGUGUAGAUGUGAAGUUCAGCAUUGAGGAUCUAAAAGCACAGCCCAAGCAGACAGCAUGCUGGGAUGGUGUCCGUAACUAUCAGGCUCGGAACUUCCUUAGGACCAUGAAGGUGGAAGAUGAAGCCUUCUUCUACCAUAGCAACUGUAAGCAGCCAGGCAUCGUGGGACUUGUGAAGAUUGUAAAAGAGGCUUAUCCAGACUACACACAGUUUGAGAAAAAUAAUCCACAUUAUGACCCUUCCAGCAAAGAAGACAACCCCAAAUGGUCCAUGGUGGAUGUACAGUUUGUUCGAAUGAUGAAGCGCUUCAUCUCCCUGGCUGAACUCAAAGCCUAUCACCAAGCCCACAGAGUUACUGGAGGCCCCUUAAAGAACAUGGCUCUCUUCAUUCAUCAGAGGCUUUCAGUUCAACCUUUGACCCAAGAAGAGUUUGAUUUUAUUUUAAGCCUGGAAGAAAUGGAACCAAAUUAACCAAGGAUCAUAAAAGACUGGACAAGCCAUUACUCCAAAAAAGAAAACCAAGUUUUUAUGAGACAAAAGGUGUAAAAAAGCUUGGUAUGUCCACCUGAGAUCAUGUACAUAGGUGGUUUGUUACAUUUUUUCUAAAAAAGUAAAACAAUGUCAAAGUUGAAAGCUUUUCUUUUAAAUCUGUGUUGAGUGUGAUAGAAUCCUCCACUGAAGGUGUCAUACAUCUGGGUUGAUUAACUGGGAGAUGCAAGCCAUCUACUACUAUCUGCUUCUACUGUCACUGGUUGUAACUACCAACUGCAUCAUACAGGUCUGAGUCCCUCCCUGGAUCUGUGAACACCCACUGAACCUAAAUUUGCAUCUUUUUGUACCAGUUUUGGUCUUCUCAUCUGCCCUUUUAAGUCUUAUAGGUCCCAUAGACAUUUAGAGCAUGAGUUGUUGCUGGAAAAUUCCCAGGCAGGAAUGAAACCUGAAUUCCCUUCUUAUUCAUGGAUCUGUGUAAAAAAGGUGGCUAAUAAAAUCAUUAUUGUUUCCAAGGGUC